AUGCCUGGAGGCAGGACCGCACACUCAAGGUUUAAGAUCCCGCUCAACAUUGACGAAGGCGCAACAUGUAGCUUUACGAAGCAGAGUGGGACGGCCAAGCUCCUUCGCAUGGCAUCUCUCAUAAUAUGGGACGAGGCCUCCAUGACAAAGCGCCAGGCAGUUGAGGCACUCGACAAUAGCAUGCGGGAUAUAAUGGGCCGACAUGACCUGCCAUUUGGGGGGAAGGCCGUUGUGUUUGGCGGGGACUUUAGGCAGGUCCUCCCAGUUGUCCGGAAGGGGACAAGGCCCCAGAUUACCGACGCGACUUUGCGCAUGUCAUACCUAUGGGAAAGCAUGCGACAACUCAAGCUCAUUCGUAACAUGAGGGCACAUAACGAUGAGUGGUUUGCAGAUUUCUUGCUAUGUGUCGGGAAUGGCACCGAGGAGACAGACGAGGACAGCAACAUUUGCCUGCCUCAAGAAAUUUGUGUGCCGUGUACUGGGAAGGACGCUGACCUUGACAAGCUAAUUGAACAUGUCUUUCCUUGUCUAGAUGAGAACCUGACCGACCCGAAUUACAUCACAUCUCGAGCAAUUCUAUUGACCAAGAAUGAAAAUAUCGACACGAUAAACUUGAGGAUGAUAGAGCGUUUCCAAGGUCAAGAGAUGGUAUAUCACAGCUUCGAUCGGGCGGAGGAUGAUCCCCACAACUACUACCCCUCUGAAUUUCUCAACUCACUCACUCCAAAUGGGCUUCCUCCACAUGUUCUAAAGCUGAAGAUUAACUGUCCAGUUAUACUUCUGCGGAACAUCGACCCUGCUAAUGGACUAUGCAACGGAACAAGGUUGGUUGUUCGGGGGUUUCAAAAAAACGCUAUCGAUGCUGAGAUUGUGCUAGGACAACAUACUGGAAAGAGGGUGUUCCUCCCUCGUAUACCCUUGUGCCCCUCCGAUGAUGAGAUGUUCCCUUUUCGGUUUAAGAGGAAGCAAUUUCCAAUAAGGCUAAGUUUUGCUAUGACAAUCAACAAGGCACAAGGGCAGACCAUUCCUAAUGUUGGUGUUUACCUGCCUGAUCCUGUUUUCUCCCACGGCCAGUUGUACGUCGCACUGUCUAGAGCCACCGCUAGAAGAAAUAUAAAGAUAUUAGCCAUCUCUAAUUGCGACAGGGAUGUCCGAUCCAAAUCUAGAAAGUCUAGAGGAACAAAAACUCGAAAGAUCCUAGACACCGCUGGAAAUGGCAAAAAGGGCAACGAUUUGCUGUCCAAGUCAGCCAAGUCUCAAGGGACAAUUACGCGAAACAUAGUGUACAGGGAAGUUCUCACAACAUAG